GUAAACAAGUUUCUCUUUGUUUGUUUAUUUGCAGAUCAAGCCAGAAAUGUUGGACACACUGUACAAAUAUGCAAAAUUUCAAUAUGAGUGUGGAAACUACUCUGGUGCCGCAGAGUAUUUGUACUUUUAUCGUGUGCUUGUUCCUGGUAAUGAUGAUAGAAAUACUUUGAAUGCUCUUUGGGGAAAACUAGGAUCUGAAAUCCUCAUGCAGAACUGGGAAACUGCACUGGAAGAUCUUAACAGACUCAAGGAUGUCAUUGAGAGUAAUAACCAAGCUGGAACACUUCAGCUGUUACAGGAGAGAACCUGGUUGAUUCACUGGAGUCUGUUUGUCUUCUUUAAUCAUCCAAAAGGGAGAGACUUAAUCAUUGAUCUGUUUCUUUAUCAACCUCAGUAUCUUAAUGCAAUCCAAACCACAUGCCCUCACAUUCUAAGAUACUUGACCACAGCUGUCAUCACCAACAAACGUCGACGGACAGUCCUAAAGGAUCUUGUGAAAGUGAUUCAACAAGAGUCGUACACAUACAAGGAUCCAAUCACAGAGUUUUUGGAGUGUCUCUAUGUCAAUUUUGACUUUGAUGGUGCUCAGCAAAAGCUGCGAGAAUGCGAAACAGUUUUGCUGAACGACUUUUUCCUUGUGGCUUGUUUGGAUGAUUUCAUUGAGAAUGCCAGACUGUUUAUAUUUGAAACAUUCUGCAGAAUACAUCAGUGCAUCAGUAUAAACAUGCUUGCUGAAAAGUUGAAUAUGACUCCUGAGGAAGCUGAGAGAUGGAUUGUUAAUUUAAUCAGGAAUGCCAGAUUGGAUGCCAAGAUUGAUUCUAAGUUGGGUCACGUGGUCAUGGGAACCCAGGCUCCUUCAGUUUACCAGCAAGUGAUUGAAAAAACCAAGGGAAUGAUGUCUCGCACUCAGGAGCUGGCUCGUAACAUUGAAAAGAAACUCAACGUUGACAAGUUAGGGUAUGACGGGGGUGCGUGGGAUGCAUAUGACCCGUCAGGAUUCUUCAAGCAUUGAAACUUAGUCUGGAAAUUCAACAUCUUUAUCUGUAAAUUAGUGUGUGUGGCAGAUAUGGAUAGUGGAAUGCAAACAAGAAUUUAAACGUUCAUGAACUGCGAGGGAAAAUAGAACAUGAGGCAUAAUAUUUUUCUUUCGUUAUACAACCCUCUUUCUCGUUUUUCCUCGCAUUGUGCGCUCCUUCACUUUGUUGGGGAAUUCUUAUUGUUGAGGUCAAGAGACAAACAACAGCUACUCCAAAACACGAUGUAAUGCUAACUGACAGCAAAUAACGCCCGCUUGUAUCUGUACCUGCCACUUAGACUACUUGUCCUAAAAUUGAGUGAACUGUAGCAUUCUAGCUAAACUACAAACGUUCUGGAAUAAUUUAUAAAAAUAUCCUACUGUUUCUCGAUGCCGUUCAUAUUUAUUGAUGAGUGGAAUCUGUCCCAACUUUACUGGAAACUUAGCGCCUGAAAGGCACGUAUCAAAGUAAAAUACCAAAAAAUAGAAAAUAAAUAAACAUAGAAAAUUCCAUGCUAGAA